GUACUGAAGGCACUAAUUUACUCUAUUAUACCUUUUUAAACACAGCAACAACUAACAGAUCUCAUGAAGGAAGUCAGACGUAAAAUGAUGUUUAUUUAUUUACAAAACAAGCAAUCGAUUGUUGUGUACUUAACCAAGUAAGCCCGGCAAGGCUGUGCAGUGAACAUCGUGAGCUUUGAUGUUUUGUCUGCGACACUCCGGCUAGACGGAAUCGGUGAUGGGGAUUAACAAUUAGCAAUACGGGUGUAAUUCUAGUAACUUAAAUGCUUGAUAAUCAUCAGUCUACAGUAAUAACAACUCAAAAGAUUUGUCAGGCUGUUAUCGUGGACAAGACCAUGUAUAUAUCUGGUCAGAUCGGCUUCGAACCGUCUACGAUGGAGAUGGUGCCGGGAGGCGUGAAAGCUGAGGCAGAUAAGGUUUUGAAAAACAUGGGAGCCAUAUUGUCUGCAGCUGGUAUAUCAUAUAAGAACGUUGUCAAGACGACAGUUCUGCUUCAAGACAUAAACGACUUUGCUGCUGUCAACGAAAUCUACGCUACCUAUUUUACAAGCCAUCUACCGGCAAGGGCUGCCUACCAAGUAGCCGCUUUACCAAAGGGAGCUCUGGUUGAAAUUGAAGCCAUUGCUGUUUUAGGUGAUAUUCAGGAUGAGUGAUUUACCGGAUCAUUCGGGUUACAGGGCUGUUCAUUCCAGAGAUGAUGCAAUCAUUACUAUAAAACCAGAACUAGGCACUUGUUAUUAUGACAGGAGGGCUUUUUGUUGGUUUUUUGGGGUUUUUUUGUUUUGGAGGGUGUGUGUAGAUUGGGUUUUUUGUUGGUUUUAUUGUUUUGGAGGGUGUGUGUAGAUUGGGUUUUUUGUUGGUUUUAUUGUUUUGGAGGGUGUGUGUAGAUUGGUUUUUUUGUUGGUUUUAUUGUUUUGGAGGGUGUGUGUAGAUUGGGUUUUUUGUUGGUUUUAUUGUUUUGGAGGGUGUGUGUAGAUUGGGUUUUUUGUUGGUUUUUUUGUUUUUUUACAAUUUUUUUUUUUAAAUAGUUAUAUUUAAACCAGUUGAAGUGCUAUAAUUGCAAUCAGUGCAGAAAUAAUUUUUUGUCUAAUCUUGUCUUUUGAAAAAUUCUGAUCUUGUCUGAAAAUUGUGCACAUGUAGUAUGCAGUGUUGUUUAUGAAAGUAGGCUUUGUUACAUGGAUGUGAUGUUAAAGGUAGCAGGUAAUGAAUGUACAUGUAUGUUGUUUUGAUUAGUGUAUUAUGAAAUUAAUUUAGAAUUAAAAAAAAUAUUUUAUUGA